GCAUGAGAGGGUGAAAAAAAAAAUGACAGAACAGAGAGCGAGGGAGGGGCAGAAGUGCAGGCGAGAAAGAUUUAUUUCCACAGCUGACUGACUGUUGCUACUUUCUGGCUGGUCUUGGAUCUGGAGUUGACAGUUUAGAGGUGAAGUGUGACAAGAGCAACAAAAGGUGUGAGAGGAAGGGGGAAUAAAUCGAGACCAGGUCAAGGACUGUGAAUAUGGAUGCUUUACUAUUAGAAGCUACCGGCGGUAAAAAGGCAACGAGUGCGUCAGCGGCUGCUUCACUGGUACCAGUCCAAGUGCCAGUCAAACGCAAGCCUGCAAAAAAAGCUAAAAAGGCUGUUGUUUUCUUUGAGGUGGAGAUACUGGAUGCAAAGACCAAAGAUAAGCUGUGUUUCCUAGACAAGGUUGAGCCAAAUGCCACAAUAGGGGAGAUCAAGUCGAUGUUCCACAAAACCCAUCCUCAGUGGUAUCCAGCCAGACAGUCCAUUCGACUUGACCCCAAGGGGAAGUCUCUGAAGGACGAGGAUGUACUACAACAUCUCCCUGUUGGAACCACUGCAACAUUCUACUUCAGAGACCUUGGAGCUCAGAUCAGCUGGGUCACAGUCUUCCUGACGGAGUAUGCUGGUCCUCUAAUCAUCUAUCUGUUGUUCUACUGCAGAGUUCCCUUCAUUUACGCACCAAAAUAUGAUUUCACCACCAGUAAACACUGGGUCGUACACCUUGCUUGUAUGUGUCACUCUUUCCAUUAUGUUAAGAGGCUGCUGGAGACGCUGUUUGUCCAUCGCUUCUCUCAUGGAACCAUGCCACUGCGCAACAUCUUUAAGAACUGCACCUACUAUUGGGGUUUUGCAGCAUGGAUGGCCUACUACAUCAACCACCCACUUUAUACACCACCCAUCUAUGGAGAGCAACAAAUCAGACUGGCCCUCAUCAUAUUCUUGUUCUGUCAGAUUGGCAACUUUUCCAUCCAUGUUGCUCUCCGUAACCUCCGUCCUCCAGGCUCAAAGACCAGGAAAAUUCCUUAUCCAACAAAGAAUCCCUUCACCUGGAUCUUCCUGCUGGUCUCCUGCCCAAACUACACCUAUGAGCUGGGCUCGUGGCUGGGCUUUACUCUGAUGACUCAGUGUGUUCCAGUGGCAUUCUUCACCUUAGUGGGUUUCAUCCAGAUGACCGUGUGGGCCAAGGGGAAGCACCGCAGCUACCUGAAGGAGUUUCGGGACUACCCUCCUCUCCGCUCACCUAUCCUGCCCUUCAUUCUUUAGAGAACGUCUCACUUUCCUGUGACUUCAUGGGAAAAGUUGAGUCAACACCAAUCCAACCUUUUUAAGGAAAAUGUAACUAAUUUGUGAAAGCAGUAUUACCUUCUUCCCCUUCAUUCAACAUAUAUACUCGACUACUCGACUCAGCUUUUGCUUUAGUCCUUCCCUGUGUUAUGCUUUAAUUAUGAACACUACAACCUUGCUUUCUUUAACUGUCUUUGAACAAACCAUGGAUUCGUAGAUGAAUGAUUUAAGAUCUGAGCAGGAUUCACCUGCAAAUGGAAUAUUGUAUGCUGUUUGAGAGAUGCAGUAAAGAAUGUCAUUUUUGCUUAAGUCUGUGUCUAAAUAAAUUGUCAAACCUUAA